AGACGCCAACUGGGCUCUAUGGUUUAUGGCUACCUUUGGCAAUUUGGAGCUUGUGUCAAAUAAAAUAAUUAUUUUCGGAAAUAUCUGAAUAUGCUAACUAAUAUUCUCUAAUUGUUUGUUAAGUUUCAAUAUUUUUCAUUUUUAUGUUGAUUUAAACUUUCAUUCGCUAUAAAAUGGAGUCAGAUUCUGCGCUUCACGCCGAGGUACCCGAUGGCGCGGAAGUGUCGCCUUUAGAAGAGAACCAAGCUGGAGAUGCUAUCGAAGCUUCUGAAAGUAAUGUAACAAGUAACGAAGAAGCUGCUGCUGCUGAGGAAUCAGCUACAAAUGGAGGGCCUACUAGCAGCAGUGAUGGCUUGGAUAUUGAUGCUGCAGCCCAGUUAGCUGAAGGUGAUGAUGGUGAACAGCAUGCCGAGCAAGCAAAUCCUGAAGCAGAGGCUGAAGAAGAGAUGGAUAUUGAUGAUACCACCACGGGAACUGUAGCAGAUGAAUCAGCGUACAUUGGAGACAACUGUCUAUCUACACCUGAUACUGAGAGCCAGUUAGACCCGAUGAUGAAAGAACAGAGUUUAGACGAAGCUGAAGGUAUGGCAGGAGCUGCUGAAGAGUCUCCAGACCAGUCCAUUAGUUCCGCAAUGCCUACUGACAGUGGUGUUGGUGAGGGUGACGGUGCUCCAAUUGUGCAAGAUGAUGAAUCUAGCACCAUGGACGAAGAUAUGGGAGGUGGGGAGGGUGUUGCCAGUAGUGAUGAUGUCAAUGACAUUAGCAGUGCUGCUCAGGAUGUUCUCAGCACAGGCAUUAGUUCAAGCACAGCCGAGGGUGGUGCUGAUAUAACUAGCAGUGGACAAACAGAAGCUCCUCUUAUUUCCUCCACAGCCAAUGGACCAGCAGUACUGCACUCUUUCUCUCUUGCAACACAACAGCAGCCCAAUGAAUUCAGUGAUGCCGACACAUCAGAGAUGGAGGGUGCUGCUGAUACUAUGCCUACAGUCAGUGAAUCAAUGCCUUUGCUCACCAUGACUGCUAAUGGCUCGGAAUUACUCUCACCUACUAUGUUACCUGGCGAGGAGGGUGGCGCAGGUGUGUCGUCGUCGGUGGCGGCGGAGGGCGCGGCGGGCGAGGCGGCGGGCGACGCGGAGGGCGCCGUGAGCAGCUCGGGGCCCGUGGCGGGGGCCGCGCCCGCGCCGCCGCUGCCGCCUACCGACGCCGCGCACGCGCUGGCCACGCUGGCCAGCGCCGCGCUGCACCACCAACAUGACCAGGCAGAGCAAGAAGAGCCAAAACAACAUGAUGAGGAUGCAUGGUACACUGUUGGAAUUGUUAAAGGAAACACAUUUACGGUUCAAAAUUAUAUUUCGGACCCCAAUGUGGAUUUGUCCAAUUUAUCGCUAGAUAAUCUACCAGACCUAACCGGCCUACCCACUACGCCGCUCGAGCAUGGUACUGCUUACAAAUUCAGAAUUGCUGCAAUUAAUUCCUGUGGACGUGGUGAAUUCAGUGAAGAAUCUGCAUUUAAGACUUGCUUACCUGGUUUCCCUGGUGCACCAUCUGCCAUCAAAAUAUCAAAAUCAGUUGAGGGAGCACAUCUGUCGUGGGAACCACCGCAAGUGGCCGCAGAAGGCAUAUUCGAAUACUCAGUGUAUCUAGCCGUGCGAUCAACUACACCAUCUAAGGAACCCACGAAAUCACAACUCGCGUUUGUGCGUGUAUACUGCGGCAAGGCCAACACUUGCGUGGUGCCGCAGGCGUCCCUCAGCGCGGCGCACGUCGACUCCUCCACUAAACCAGCGAUCAUAUUCCGCAUCGCCGCGCGAAACGAGAAAGGAUACGGCCCAGCUACCCAAGUCAGGUGGUUGCAAGAUAUAAAAUCUACUGGCGUGAAGAGGACAGGGGAAGGCAGACUACCGGGUGCUUCACCUUCCAAGCAACCCAAGCAAAUGUUGCACUAAGUGUUGAGUUUGUGACAGUUUUGACAAGUUUAACAUAGACCAAUACAUUAGUUUGUACAGGACUACAGAUUUGUUUAAAUCAAGGUUAGUACUUUACUAACUAUGUUAUUUUAGUAUAAGUAACUAUUGAGAGUGAAAUCUCAUGUCGUUUUGUAAACAGAAUUCUUUAUCUAUCAACCCCAGUACAUAUUGAGUUUGCCUCUUUCCUCUAGCUAGUAUUAAUAUGUUGAAUGUAAAGUAUAAUUUUAUGGACUUGUUACCGUUGUUCACGUCCUGCGGUAAUAUUAGACUGAUUGAUGUAUUAGACGCAAUGAGAUGGAUAUGCUAAAUAUGGAAAUGUUAUACACAUAUCUGUGGAAUAUAAAUAUGCAAAUAAUGACUUUAUUUUUUUAACAACCCAGGAUUUAUUUAUUCCUAUAAGAAACGGAUGAAAUAGGAUUCUUGAGCCAAUUUCACUACAAAUGUAUUACUUUUUUAUAUUUCUAGUACGAAUUUUAGACAAUGGUAUAGACACCAAUAGUUCAAUAGUGGUGAAAUUGGCUGGUAAGGAUAAAAAAAUAUACAUAAAUUGCAUUUGGCUUUUAAUACUUAAUUACAUAUUAUUGAGUACACUA